GACUGAGAGGAAGUAACGUUAUUCAGAGAAAACAGCUGAAUGAAAUACAUCGCAGUGGAGUGUUUCUUACAAGAAUCUUCAGGAUGUGAAUAUCCCACCCCUUCAGGAGAUAAAAGUGAACAUUCAUUAGCAUGCAAGCUAAUUCACAACAAUCAGGACAACUGCAAAAUUUGCAUGAAAAAGGGACCACACCUGGAGAUGGGACAUCUAAUACUUUGGGCCAAAACUUUUAUCAGCUAUGUUUACCAUCUCACGCUGCAAGCCCCUCCUAUCAAGGACAGGGGACCACUGGAAAUUAUUUGACACAGUUCACCUGCACAAUCCAACCGGCAACCAGUGACCAGAUUUUGACUAGCAGCAUUCAAGCUACCAAAGACACAAUGCUUGCACAAGAAAAACCUCUUACUUCAAAAUAUACGUUGCCGACAGGAAAACAGGACUCGCAGAUGAUUCUGUGGAACAUUCCCUCUAAUUACCAGAUAUUCUUACCUGUUAAAAACAUAAAUCUACAGGGUGCUCCCAACAAUAAUGGGCCAAACAUGUCACAUGGCUACAAUUACCAGUCAUUUGUUCCUGAUAAGUUAACCCAUGCUAAUGUGCAAACACCUUCUACAUGUGGUCAGAACAUUGCUGCACAGAGAGCUGUUGCCGUUGUCACGCCAUUAUCACCGAUAGGAACAGCACCUGUUAAUGUUUCAGACAAAUCUGCUAAUAUGAAAAUGAAUGUAAGGUCUGUGCAAGAGGUUGUAUGGCAUCAACCAAAUAUUCCACAUGCUUUGGAGACCAAUGCUAAACUGAAUAACCAAAAAGGAGAACCAAUUGACCCAACAAGCAAGCAUCAACGGCCGAAGUCAGCAGAGCCGAGACUGAAUGAUGGACUUUGCCAUGUUGAAGCCAAAAGUCCCAUUUGGACUGAUGAAUCAACUGACCAAAGUCGCCGCAAAAGUUCACCGAAGCUUAAAAGUGUGGUUGCAGAACAAAAAAUGUCUAUGCCAACUCAAAUGCAAAAUGAAACGAGUGAAAAGAUAAACAAUAACUGCACAUUCACAGACAAGAAAACUGCUGAAACUGAAACCAUUCCUGUUAUCGAAUGGCCAAUAGAUCGAUUGCACACCUUAAUAGCCAUGAUUCAGCAAAUAGAAAACGGGCAUCAGAAGAAUGUCCAAAAAACUGAUGCUGGGAGGGACAUCUUAAAGCUUUUUUGGAAUGGGGAUUUCCAUAAGUUUUAUAAUGCUGUACAAACUGGUACAUAUCGAAGCAUAAUGGAAGAAGUCUAUGUUUACUGUCCGAUGACAGAGCCUGUGAUACUGAGGCAAAUUAAAAGUGAUGCUCGUAGCAGAGUCAACAAGGAUUUUCACGUUUUAAAACACAACGAAGAGCCACCGAAGAUGACAUAUAAGUCGUCUUGGUUAAAUCUUAAUGAAAAUGUUGAUGACAUCGAGAAGGAGUGUGGUUAUUCUUGGUUCUAUAAGUCCUUUCAAAAUGCCCCUGACCACGAAGCACAAAACUCAAAUGGUUGCACAAAGGAGGCACAAAAGGUUGAGAACAAAAUACCAGCAGAAGAACCAACAUUAGACAACGAGUGUCUUCAUGAAAGCUUGUUUAAUAGACAAUCUCCACCUGUGACUGAUGCUGACUGCUCACCAACGCGUGAUUGUUUGGUUGCAGGAGAAACCAACAGUCAAACAAAUACAAAUUCUGUAAAGGACAUGAUUACUGUUGUGAAGGAUUUGGAUAAAAAAGAUGUCCAGACUCAAAUGGCCAGUUCGGAUGACAAAUUUAGUAAUGAUGUUGGAGCCCAAAGUGUUUUGUCGCCUAAAUCAACCAGCCAAAGUGACUGCACGAACUCACCAAAGCUCAAUAAUGUGGUAGCAGAACAACCGCAUGAAAUAGCUGAACAGUGUGAGACUAGUGAGAUGAUGGAACAUAAUGUCAUUGCUGCAUCACCAGACAAGCAUGAGACAUCUUUCUUAAACACAUCCCCAGAAAUUAACAAAGUACAAGUAGAAGAACAAACAUCUUUAGAGAAAAAUAUGUACAAUGAGAGUCUUUGUGAAAAAUUGCCAGUUCACUUUAAUGCUCAUUCUCCAACUGUGACUGAUAACUGCUCACUGAAGCUUAAUUUGGUUGAAGAACAAACCAGUCACCAACCAAAUACUAUAAAUCCACUAAAUGGAAUAAUUAAUCUGGUAAAGACAUUGAAAGAACGUGAUUAUUUAAUGAAGUGUCAAAAGUUAUAUGAUAAACGCAGUGGUUUGAAAAGAAAGCCUCAACACUUCUCUAGAACAUUAAGACCGAACAAUCGUUUUUGUAAUGGUGUUGGAGCCAAAAGUCCCGUGUUGACCAGUGAAUCAUCCAGCCAAAUUGUCUGCAGGAGUCUUAGUCAUGUAGUUGAAAAACAACUGGAUUUUGUGUUAACUCAAGUGCAAAAUGAAUCCAGUGAGUCUGAUAACGGUGUAAGAUGUGAGAUGAAUCCAAAACCUAGUGAAGAACUUUCUGUGCAAAUGGAUGAAGAGGAGAUAGCAGAGAUGGAUGCUUCAGCUUCUAUUAGGAUUAAUGUUCUCCCUCAUGAAGUGGCUGAACAAUGCUUUGCUGGUCAGUUGAUGGAAGUUAAAGACAUCGCUGCAACACCAGAGAUGAGGUUGGAAGAGGCUGAUGCUAACUGCCCGCUGAAGGGCUAUGAGGUUGUGGAACAAAUCAAUUGUCCAUCAAAUGCAAUGAAUCCACUGAAGGUCAUGACGCAUCUGGUCCACCGAAGCUUCAUCCUGUGA